AUGGCUUAUCACGGCGGCGGCGGCGGCGGCUACGGCUCUCGCGAUUCUCACGGAGGCGGCGGUGGUGGUUAUAGAGGACGCGGCGGCGGUGGCGGUGGCGGUUAUUCCAACGGUCACAGCAACGGCAACGGCUACGGUGGUGGUGGUGGUGGCUAUGGUGGUGGUGGUGGUGGUUACGGUGGCGGCGGUGGUGACCGGAUGGCUGCUCUUGGAGCCAACCUCAAGAACCAGGACUUUGACCUCUCUUCCCUGCCCAAAUUCGAAAAGUCCUUCUACAAGGAGAAUGAAGAAGUGACCAACCGUUCCCAGAAGGACAUCGACGCUUUCCGUAAAGCCAACCAGAUGGCUGUCACCGGAACCAAUGUACCUCGCCCAGUCGAGACUUUUGACGAGGCUGGCUUCCCCAACUACGUGCUUUCUGAGGUUAAAGCCCAAGGGUUUGACAAGCCCACUUCCAUUCAGUCACAAGGCUGGCCCAUGGCUCUUUCUGGUCGUGAUGUGGUUGGUAUCGCCGAGACUGGUUCUGGAAAGACCUUGACAUACUGUCUUCCCGCCAUCGUUCAUAUCAAUGCCCAGCCCCUUCUCUCCCCGGGUGACGGACCUAUUGUGCUCAUCCUUGCCCCAACUCGUGAGUUGGCUGUUCAGAUUCAAACUGAAAUCAGCAAGUUUGGCCGGUCUUCUCGUAUUCGCAACACCUGUGUUUAUGGUGGUGUUCCCAAGGGCCCCCAGAUUCGUGACCUCAGCCGCGGUGUCGAGGUGUGCAUUGCUACGCCUGGUCGUUUGAUUGACAUGCUUGAGGCUGGCAAGACCAACCUCCGCCGUGUCACCUACCUUGUUCUGGAUGAGGCUGAUCGCAUGCUUGAUAUGGGUUUCGAGCCUCAGAUUCGCAAGAUCAUUGGCCAGAUUCGCCCUGACCGUCAAACUUGCAUGUGGUCUGCUACCUGGCCCAAGGAGGUCCGUCAACUCGCCAGUGACUUCCUGAACGACUUUAUUCAAGUCAACAUUGGAUCCAUGGAUCUCUCUGCCAACCACAGAAUCACACAAAUCGUCGAGGUUGUGUCCGACUUUGAAAAGCGUGACAAGAUGAUCAAGCAUCUCGAGAAGAUCAUGGAUGACGGCAAGAACAAGAUCCUCAUCUUCACCGGCACCAAGCGUAUUGCGGAUGAAAUUACUCGUUUCCUGCGCCAGGACGGCUGGCCAGCACUGUCGAUUCACGGUGACAAACAACAAAACGAACGUGACUGGGUCUUGCAAGAAUUCAAGAACGGCAAGAGCCCAAUUAUGGUUGCUACCGAUGUGGCUUCCCGUGGUAUUGACGUUCGCGAUAUCACUCACGUAUUGAACUAUGACUAUCCCAACAACUCGGAGGAUUAUGUCCACCGUAUCGGUCGUACUGGCCGUGCCGGUGCCAAGGGAACGGCCAUUACGUUCUUCACCACUGACAAUUCCAAGCAGGCUCGCGAUCUUGUGACUAUUCUGACCGAGGCUAAACAACAAAUCGAUCCCCGUCUACAUGAGAUGUGCCGGUACAGCGGUGGCGGUGGUGGUCGCGGUUGGGGUGGUGGUCGUGGCCGUGGUGGUUAUCACCGCGGUGGUGGUGGUGGUGGUGGCUACACCGCGUCCAACUCGGCGCCUAUUGGUGGUCACCGCAGAUGGUAA